CAAACGCAAAUUGCACAUCGGUGAGCUAGACGCUGACCCAAGCAGCAAAAUUUUAUUCCCCUGUGCAGAAAUGAAGAAUCUUACUAGUACUAACCCCAGUAACCGGAGAUUCUGGCUUGUGUCCGCCGUGACCGUAAUACUGUCAAUCAUUCCGGUUACCGCUUGGCCGCCGUUUCUUACCGGUUUAGAUUUUCUGCCACUGGGAUCUGUAGUGUACUACUCGGCUUCCGACUCCAAACACUGCAACAAUCUGGUGUUCGGAACUUGCAGCACCAAAUGGGAUUAUUGCUCAUGUAACCAGCCUGCCGUCAACUUCACCGUUGUACCGUCCGAUGUCACGCACUUGCACUUCGGAGAUUUUUAUAUCGACCGGACUGUACGCCCAAUAAAAUGCGCACCGAGCUGUGUACGGGAGACAUUCGCUUUGCCGUAUUACCAGAACCUAACCGCGCUUGAACUGCACGAUUUCUGGAUUCCCCACGACCGGCCGUUCCCGGUUGGCCGCUUCCUCAGUAAUUUUAAACCGACAUUGAAACAACUCACUCUCCAUACUGUCCAUCUACCGGCCAUUACAAAAGAGACCUUUGCCGGUUUUUUUGCCUUGGACUAUCUAAGACUUACGAAUAAUCGUAUAUUGACGAUUACAGUGGACGCUUUUACGUCCCUGCGCGCUCCCAGUAGAAUAUCAGGGAUCUUAAACCCAUCACGGCUCAAUACCAUCAAAUUUGAGGGCAAUGAGUUUACAACGCUGGAUUGGACGAUAUUUGAACCGUUGGCUGGCAGCCUUAAAUCAAUUUCACUAACCCGGAACAACAUUCACCGCAUCUACUUCAGCCAUUUCUUCACCAUGCCAGCCGUUGAACACGUGUAUUUAUGGGGAAACCACCUGACCGGCAUCGACAACCAGCUCUUGUACAGCCUUGCUCUGCAGGAUCUUCGCCCGUUUUUGGAUAUUCAGUGGAAUCCGCUGUGUCCAGCGGAUAUCCUGUGCCGCUGUCCGUCCAUGGACAAUCUAUGGGAGUGGUACCUCAAGAUACCCCGUUAUUACACUGCACUACGGCCGGGGCUGGCCGACUGUCGUGAUUCAACUGACUAUUUCACGUGUGGGAACUACAGUAGUGGUGUACCGCAGCCAGACGUGAGCGGAUUAGUGAAUACGAUGGCGCCAAUGACCGGGAAAACCUAUGAAGGUUGUGGAGUUCCGGGUUUUGCUAAGAAGGCACGCGAUGAGCAACGGGCCGCUAAAAAUCCCAUCAAUCGCUUCUUUCCGCCUUCGCUUCGGGAAUAUUUUUUAAAAAUUACCGCGGCUUUGAUGAAACCAUCGUAAUUUCACCGAACACAGAUAUGCUAUUGGUGACGCAACGCUGGACUGUCACUUUCUACUUGAGCCAGCAACAUCGUGCGUACGACUAACAACCCCAGUUUCCAGAUACUGUUGUACUUUUGCUGCUUUUUGCUGUAGCUUGUGCUAAAAUAGUUUUUAUUAACAAGCAGCGAUGUCAAUAAGAUACGAGCAUACGUGUUUA